CUUCCUUUAACAAGAUGGCUGUGGGAAAGGGUGGUGGUGGCGGCGGGCAGUGCUCGAAAAGCGAGGCCGAUUCCGGCUUCCUGGGGCUGCGGCCCACUUCGGUGGACCCGGCGCUGAGGCGGCGGCGGCGAGGCCCAAGAAAUAAGAAGCGGGGCUGGCGGCGGCUCGCUCAGGAGCCGCUGGGAUUGGAGGUCGAUCAGUUCCUGGAGGACGUGCGGCUGCAGGAGCGCACGAGCGGUGGCUUGAUAUCAGAGGCCCCCGAUGAAAAACUCUUCUUCGUGGACACUGGCUCCAAGAAUGAAGAGCUGAACAAGAAGAGGACCAAAGGUCCGAAGAAGUCGCUGCUUCUCAAGAAACCCCUUCGGAUCGACCUCAUCCUAGAGAACACAUCCAAGGUUCCUGCACCCAAAGACGUCCUUGCCCACCAGGUCCCCAACGCCAGGAAGCUCAAGCGGAAGCAGCAGCUAUGGGAGAGGCUGGCAAAGCAGGGCGAACUGCCCCGGGAGGCGCGCAGGGCUCAGGCCCGGCUCCUCAACCCUCCUGCGGCCAGAGCCAAGCCCGGGCCCCAGGACACGGUCGAGCGGCCCUUCUACGACCUUUGGGUCAAAGACAACCCUCUGGACCGGCCCUUGGAGCGCCAGGACCCGUUUUUCCUGGAGCAGACCAAGAAGAAAGGUGUGAAGCGGCCGCAGCAUCUCCACACCAAGCCCUCCCAGGCGCCUGCCGUGGAGGUGACGCCCGCGGGAGCUUCCUACAACCCAUCCUUUGAGGACCACCAGACGCUGCUCCGGGCGGCCCACGAGGUGGAGCUGCGGCGGCAGAAGGCAGCAGAGCAGCUGGAGCGGCGGCUGGCCCCGCCGGCCUCGGAGCAGGCGGCCACGCAGGAGUCUGCCUUCCAGGAGAUGUGCCAGGGGCUGCUGGAGGAGUCGGACGGGGAAGGGGAGCCGGGCGAGGGCCAGGACGAGGGGCCCGAGGCUGGAGGGGACUGGGCCGCGCGAGCAGAGGCCUCGCCCACAGCCGUCCGCCCGGCCUCCGCGGAGAAGAAGACGGAGCAGCGGCGGCGGCGGGAGAAGGCCGCCCGGAUGCUGAGGGUGCAGCAGGCUGCGGUGCGGGCCGCCCGGCUUCGGCACCAGGAGGUCUUCAGGCUGCGUGGGAUCAAGGCGCAGGUGGCGCGGCGGCUGGCGGAGCUGGCUCGACAGCGGGAGCGGCGGCAGGCACGGCGGCUGGCAGAGGCGGACAGACCCCGCCGGCUGGGGCGGCUCAAGUAUCAGGACCCCGACAUUGACGUGCAGCUCAGCUCGGAGCUGUCUGACUCACUCAGGACCCUGAAGCCUGAGGGCAACAUCCUCCGUGACCGGUUCAAGAGCUUCCAGAGGAGAAACAUGAUCGAGCCUCGGGAGCGAGCCAAGUUCAAGCGCAAGUACAAAGUGAAGCUAGUGGAGAAGCGGGCGUUCCGCGAGAUCCAGUGAGCGGCACUCCCCUUCUCCCCAGUGGUCCCCAGCGGUCCCGGGGCCCUCCCAGACCCGGUCGCCGUGGCCAGUGAUGGAGCGAUGCUCCCUUGGCCAGGCCCGGGACAGGGUCAGCCUGCCAGAGCCACCUGACCGCAGAGUCAGGCCAGGGAGGGUCCCCGAGGGGAAAUGGAAGGGCCCAAACCAGAAGAGGGGGUGUCACGUGGAUGAGGAUGUGGGGCCCCGCACCCCCGUCUACCCUCAGCCUCCCCUCUGUCCCCAGGUUGUAGCUGCUGCGAGAUGUUGGAGCCCCCGCCCUUCAAUAAAGCACCUUCUGACCAACACCUCA